CGCAGGUAGCGCGCGUCUGUGCACUGUAGUUGCAUAGAUACUGUACCUUUUUUGUACUUCUGCAAAUUGGUUUUUUAAGUGUGAAUAAUUGUAGAGGUAGCAGAAAAGGAAGCGAAAAGAACACAGCAGGGACAUGAAUCUGGCUGUGGCAUUCUUGGAAUGGUCACUUCACACUAAGGACUUUGGAGAUGAACUGCUGUUCCUGCUGAGACCAUUAUAUGAUUAAUGGAACUAGCAUAUGAAAGAGCAACUCCCCGCAUUUCUCCUACGCCUGGGAUGAUAUCGGCAUGUCAAAUUUCAGUGCAAAUGGACUGAAUGCUUGGAGGUUGACAAGGCGCGAGUCUCGUCUGUUUCCUCCAGAUUCACUGAAAUUUCAUUCGUUUGUUGUGGAAACUGGCUCGAAGCUGCGAUGUGGGAGGAAGGAUAGUCCACAGGCGAGGAAGGGUAGGCGGUCUGCUGGCGAAGAGUUGGCUGCCAGGCAGCUGACUUAUUGCUGCUGCCACGUCGAGAACAGUGACAUCACCUCUGCGGUGAAGUUCCGCUCGGGCAGCCCCACCUGUGUCCCGGACUGUGGCUGCUGCUUGGAAGAGACUUGUGACGAAACCGUAGGCUUGGCAGCUUUCGUGCCCGAAAAAGACCAUCAGGUGCGUCAGAUCCGUUGUGCCAUGAAAAGACGGGCUAGUAGUGAUCCGCGCCCUAGGAAGGUUGCGAAGGUGUCCGUUCGGCAAUUGGCUGUUACCAACAAACGGAAUUCUGUAAAUACAAAAGGAAUAACACAAUUACAGCCAUCAGUUAUUAAAGACAGUGAUGUGGCAAUUUCCAGUAACUCUCUUUCUUCGCAACCUCGUAACCAGAAGACAGGAAAGGGAAAACUUUCUGCUGAACGGUUGCCUCUGUUCUGGAAGCCUUCUGUGCAACUCCAGCGACUUCCUGCCGAAAUUGUCAAGUGCUACUUGUCCAGACCGACUGUCGUGUUGUCGAGGUUACCCGAUAGCCUAUUUCAGUGCCAAGCGGUUUCUUCUAAAGAGAAGGUUCCUAUCACUGCAGCAAGUGCACCUGAAAAACGUUUGAACGCUGACUCAAAACUAAAAGACCAGAAAAGAAAGAAGCUGAAGAGGAAUGACCUUAGCAUCCUGGACCGAGUGAAGACUCGUAACACGGAAGCAGUUAAUGCCGACGGCAAUACAAAGUCUGCAAAGGAGGAGACUCCUGUGAUUUCAGCAAAUAAAUCUAGACUGUGUUCCAAGUCUGAAACAAAACCAGAAGAAUUGGAGAAGCAGAAAAAGAGUAAUAGUAGUAACCUGAGGACAACGGACAAUGACAAAGACUCUAGCACGAAGUCGGUCAGUGCUGGCGAUGAUACGAACUCACCUCAGAAGGGGGCUCUUGUGAUUUCAGGAAGUGAAUCUCGAACACGAUCUAAGUCUGAACCAAGACCAGAAGACUUGGAAAAGCAAAAAAAGAGCAGCAGUGGCCUGAGGACAGUGGACAAGGUCAAGAGUUCUAGUACAAACACGAUCCACGCUGAUGUUAAUACGAAAUCGGCACGAAAGGUGGAGGUUCCUGCGAUUUCAGGACGUGAAUCUCGAACACGUUCCAAGUCUGAUCUGAGACCAGAUGAGUUGGAAAAAAGAAAAAGGAGCAGCAGUGGCCUGAGGACAGAGGACAAAGUCAGGAGCCGUAGUGCAAACUCUGUCCAUGCUGAUGUUAAUAUGAAUUCAGUGCAGAAGGUAACUCGUCAGGCUGUAGCCAGUCAGAAUGCUCUGUCACCAGUAAGGAACCUGCGUUCCAAUUCUCCUAAAAAACCUGAAAGGAAAAUGUAUAGAAAUGCAGGAGAAGUAGUUAUUGCAGAGGUAAAAGAUGUCCACUCUAAAUCUACCAGUGCUGGCACCCACAAAGCAGAGGAUCAGACUAAAUGGAGAAGGAGUAAAAGUGCAGAAGCGAUAUUUAAUGGAGCACAAAAUGAAGUUAAAUCAGAUUUGGCCAGUGUUGCUGCCGAUAAGUUGGAGGAACAGGUAUCGUGUCAUCCAGUAACACGACACAGCACAUCUUCAGCCUCAGCACUAUCAAACAGUUUGCAGCCGAAAUUUCCCUCAAAGAGUGGUGGUCUGUCGGUAGAAGAAAGAAAUUAUUUUCCACAAUUGAAAGUUACUAGACUAUUAGAACUCACUAACAACAAUAGGUCUGCAGCCACUAUUGAUGAGUUGGUGCAAGAGAUGUGUUCUCCAACUUCAGCAAACGUGCCCCCAAAAAAUUCAGAGAUUACACCAGAAGAGAAACCUUUGAAAAGAAAUGUUAGAAGGCCAAGACGUGAUGAAACUGGCAGUGGACUUCCAGUGGAGAGUCCUGAGGACUGUAAAGAAAAUGGUGUUACUAGUGGAGAUAAAAAUCCUGCCUUGGAGAUACAUUCUCCAGCUUCAGCAGGCACACCUCAAAAAGAUUCAGAGACUACACUAGAAGAGAAAUCUUUGAAAAGGAAAAGAGGAAGGCAAAGACAAGAUGAAACUGGCAGUGGACCUUCAGUGGAAAAGUCUGAAGACCAUAGACAUGAUGAAGUUACUAGUAGAGAUAAAAAUGAUGCUGCCCUUGAGAUACAUUCUCCAGCUUUAGUAGACACACCUCACAAAGAUUCAGAGACUACACUAGAAGAGAAAUCUUUGAAAAGGAGAAGAGGAAGGCCAAGACGAGAUGAAACUGGCAGUGGACCUUCAGUGGAAAAGUCUGAGGACCAUAAACACGAUGGAGUUACUAGUGGAGAUAAAAAUGCUGCCCUUGAACAGGCUCCUGUCACUGCAAUAAAUGUACCUGAAAAACGUUGCAAGACUCACUCAAAACCAGAAGAUCUGGAAAGAAAGAAGAAGACAAGGAAUGACCUGAGCACCAUGGACCGAGUCAAGCUUUGUAACAUGGAAGCAGUUAAUGCUGACAACAGUAAUAAGUCAUCAGAGGAGGAACCUACUACAACUUUAGCACGUGAAUCUGGACGACGUUCGAAGUCUGAAUCCAGACCAGAAGAAUUGGAAAACCAAAAAAAGAGUAGUAGUGGCUUUCGGACAGUGGAAAAAAUCAAGAGUACUAGUACAGACUCAGUCAAUGCUCAUGUCAGUAGGAAGUCAGCACAAAAGGAAGCUCCUAUGACUUCAGCAAGGGAAUCUAGAAGACGUUCCAAGUCUGGAUUGAGACCAGAUGACCUAGAAAGGAGAAAAAGGAGCAGCAGCGACCUGGGGACAGAGGACCAUGUCAAAAGUCCCAUUACAAAUUUGGUCCAUGCUGAUGGUGAUAGGACCUCAGCACAGAAGCGGGCUCCUACCACUUCGGUAAGCAUACAAGGAAAGCGUUUCAAGGCUGACCAAGUACCAGAAGACCUGGAAAGAAAGAAAAAGAGGAGGAACAACCAGAGCACCAUGGACCAAGCCAAGAGUCAUGAUACAGAAGAAGUUAAUGCUGACAGCAGUAAAAAGUCUACACAGGAGGAGGCUCUUGUGACUGCAGCAAAUAAAUCUAGACAUCGUUCCAAGUCUGAAACGAGGCCAGAAGAACUGGAAAAGAGAACAAGGAGCAGCAGUGGCCUAAAGACAGUGGACAAGAACAAGAGUUCUCCUGCAGAGUCUGUCAAAGCUGAUGAUAAUAGAAACUCAGCACAUAAGGAGGCUCCUGUGACUGCAGCAAAUAAAUCUAGACAUCGUUCAAAGUCUGAAACAAGACCAGAAGAACUGGAAAAGAGAACAAGGAGCAGCAGUGGCCUAAAGACAAUGGACAAGGAAAAGAGUUCUCCUGCAGUUGAUAAUAGAAACUCAGCACAUAAGGAACCUCCUGUGACUUCGCCAAGGGAAUCUCGAAGACGUUCCAUGUCUGUACCGAGACCGGAAGGCCUGGGGAAGCGAAAGAGGAGCAGCAGUCGCCUUAGGACGGAGGGCAAAGUUAAGAGCCCUAGUACAAAAUCAGUCAUUGCUGAUGAUAGUAGGAAGUCAGCACAGAAGGAGACUCCUGUGACUUCAGUGAGGGAAUCUCGAAGACGUUCCAAGUCUGAACCGAGAGCAAAAGUCGUGGAAAAGAGAAAAAGGAGCAGCAGUGGCCUAAGGACAGAGGGCAAAACCAGUAGUGCUAGUGGAAACUCGUUUAAUGCCAAUGUUAAUAGGACGCCAACACAGAAGGAGACUCCUGUGGCUUCAGCGAGUGAACCUCGAAGGCGUUCCAAGUCUGAACCACGUCUGGAGAAUAGAAAAGGGUGCAGCAAUGACCAGAUGACAGAGGAAAAAGUCAGGAGCCCUAGUAGAAACUCAGUUAAUGCUGAUAUUAAUAGAAAAUCAGCACAGAAGGAAACUUCUGUGACUUCCGGAAGUAAAUCUAGACGACGUUCCAAGUCUGAAUCGAGACCAGAAACUUUGGAAGGGAGAAAUAGACAGAGCAGUGUCUUGAUGACACUGCAAAAAGCCAAGAGCCCUAGUAGAGAUGUGGUCAAUGGUGAUGUCGUGAGGAAGUCUCCGCAGAAGGAGACCUCUGCAACUUCAGGAAGUGAAUCUAGACCACAUUCCAAGUCUGAAGUGAUAUCAGAAGCUUUGGAAAGGAGAAAUACACAAAUCAGUGACUUGGCGACACCAGACAAAGUCAACAGCACUAGCAGAGACUUGGUCAAUGGCGACAUCAAUUGGAAGUCAGUGCAGAAGGAGACCUCUGCAACUUCAGGACAUGACUCUAAACAAUAUUCAAAUUCUGAAAUGAGACCAGAAGCUUUGGAAAGGAGAAGUACAUACAUCAGUGACCUGGCGAUACCAUACAAAGUCAAGAGCACUAGCAGAGACAUGGUCAAUGGUGACAUCAAUAGGAAGUCAGUGCAGAAGCAAUCUUCUGGCACUUCGACAAACAGCUCUCAAAUACAUUCAGAGUUGGUAUCGAGAGAGGAAAGACAGAAGAAAAGGGUGGAAAGGAGCAAUGAAUGUCAGACACAAAUCACAAUGAUGAAUGGAGGUGAAGAAAAUUUUAGUAUUCCAGUUGUUGGUGCCAAUGAAAAUUCCACACAGAAGAUUCUUCCAAAAGCUGCAGCACAAGCUGACAUGAGUGUACUCUCUAACAACAAACAUCAUUAUCCAGAUCAAGGCUCCAAGUUGCUUAACAAAAUUCCGACCAAAUUGGAAAGAUUAAAGGCAAAAAUAUGCCAGAAUACCAGUGUGAAUAAGCUUCAAGAUGUUACCUCAAAUUUUCUAUAUGGUGGUGAUAGUAAUGUGAGGACAAGGCAAAAGAUGCUGGAAUCUUUAGCGCCAUCUCCAAGUUGCAGAUCAGUGAGGUCCAUGUUAUCAGAAUCUCGUACGUCACUUAAUUCCUUGUCAUCUGAAGGAACAGAAUUUGAGAGCCCCGCUUAUGAACCUCUUGGUUCAUCACCUAUCUUCAUGCAGAAUUUGAGGGAUGAACAUGAGGAGAUUCAGAAAACGAAGGUAAUUUCUCCAAGCUGUCGUUCGGACUGCUGCAGUUUAAGACAGCCACAGGAACUGACUUCUCCACCACUGAAGAUACAAAUGCAGAACAAGACUGCAGUUCGUCGUCUAUCAGACGUGUUUGAUGCUGUGCCAUCCACUUCCAAGGGAGCAGCUGCUCAUCGAAAAAUGGCAGAAGAGCAGAGGCUGAAAUGUUUGGUUGCAGCAGAGGAUGAUGGAAAUGUGGUUCCGUGCCAUGAGGUGGAUGCUUCCUUUUAUGAAGAGUGGACGAAACGUGUAAGAGAAGCGGACCGGAAGGCAGAGGCUGGUUUUGCACCUAAAUAUUCCAAGAAAUACAAAGGCCGCAAAGAAACAUUUGAUGAGAUGCCAACUCCCAGUGACGAUGGGAAAGAAUUAAUUUUGUCACAGAAGCUCAGUUCUACUUCUCCCAUGAAUUGCAAACAGCAAAAUGUUGUACCGAACAAACUAGCUCUGUUAGGUUGGAAAGAUUUGCACUCUCCAUCAAAUUGUGUCCCCAGCAACAAGUCCCCAGCAACAAGACCUCUCAACACAAGUGAUGGUGGAACCAAUGAUUCUGAGGAGGACUGCAUAAUUACUGAUGUUCGGCUUUGUAGUAGUCCUUCUAGUGUUCUCCACAAAACCCCACCAUUGGGUAUAAGGAAGAACUCCAGUACUAGUACAACAGUAACAGGACAAAGAAAUCUGGGUAAAUCGCUUACAGAUAUAAGACCAGAGCAGCAAAUAGGCGAAUCUAAUGAGUUAACAGUAGUUGGAGUCAACCGUACCUCAAGUGCGAGGAAAUGGCAGCACUGUAAUAAGUCACAAUUUCAGAGCAGUGCCUUUAGUGCAUGCCAUUGUCGUUCCAAGCGCGUCCAACGAAGAUGUCGUUCCGCUAGCCCAAGGCUGUGCAGUGUCAAUGAUUAUUACAGAACUGAGGAUGACGAUGAUGAAGACGAUGAUGACUUCGACGACGACAAGUAUGAUUUUGAUCCCGUCACACGUCUACAGCAGAUAAACAAGCAGAUAGAGCUUUUGGAGAACAGCACACCACAAGUGAAUCCGUUAUGGAGGCGUAAAACAAGGAAUCGUGCAUCACUUUUAGAAGGAAAUGGUGUGAAUAAGAUAAAGUCAGAUGGCUACCAAGAGGACAGUGAGGAUGACGACAAAUCGGUCAUCAUUCUAGACGAGCGAAAUCCGUGCUUCAGUCCGAGGUCUCCGAGCUAUACACCCCCGGAUCUCAGAGCUAAGAGAUCGAGUCCUGAACAGUGUGGGUCUUUGACAGUUGAGAAUGUUGCUAAGCAUAACAAUUUCUUGAAGAAUAGUAUUUCUGGCCCAUCCUCAUCAUCGUCUUUGUCAUUGUGUGGCUUGAGUGAUUCAGACGACGGUGCGUCAGUCUGUUGCGUCUCGAGGGGUAUGGUGACGCCAAGGAAAGGACUGGACCGGGAGCCUUCCUUUACGGAGGCUUCUACACCCAGGACAAAUGGUGUUUCACCAUGCCUCUCUCCUACAACAAAGAGCAGAUCGAGGUGUUCGUCGCGGAAUGAGGAUAAUAGCAGGACAGAUUUGCCAACGUGCUCAGCUACAAAAACCCACACUGUCAUUGGACAGAGGAACGGUGCAGAAAUGAUACAUCUGUUUGCUUCCCCGGCGAGUUGUGUUACAGAUGAAGUUUCACCUGUUUUGAACAAGAGGAGGAAUCCACCAUUUAAAGGUAGUGUAAACAGUGCAAAACACAACGGACUGCUAGAUUCAGUCAGUAAAGACCCAGAAGUACCAUUGCGAGGACACAGUUCUCAGCUAGUCACUCCAUCUCUAUCAGCUGCUAGAAUGGCUACUGUUUUCUGUCACCGUACAGAUGGUGUGCAGGAAAUAGAAGACUGUUUGUCUCAAGAGAAUGACAUAAAUAGUAUGAAUGAAAAAGAGUCAGUCAGGAGAAAUCUGAAGACGCCAACAGAAUUGCAUGUUAGGAGGCUGUCGUCACUGUCUCCUAUGGAGACCUGCUACGGCCCUCCUUCUUCACCGGGCGAGCAGAGCAGUGAAUGUUCUAUGGAGAGGCGGCAUUCUGUAAGCAGUAUGGAGAAGUCCAUGUUAUUACAUUUAUUCGACGAAAUACGGACAAUGCCACAAUUGGAGAAGGGUAUCGAGAGAGAUGAGGAAGAAGAUUCGGUGUCUGCUGGAAACGUCUCAAUCUGCGUCGAUGGCUCUCAGUCAUCUGGCGAGUCGGAUGAUUUGGAUGCCGAAUGCAGGGACACUGAUGCAGAGGUGGUGGCUGAAGGAUUUGGCUUGCAGAUAACUCGUGGUGAUUUAGCUACUUUAUCUGGGACGAACUGGCUGAAUGAUAAAAUUGUGAAUUUCUACUUGAAACUUUUAACAGAAAGAGGGAGACAGAAUAGGGAACCAGAAGUGUAUGCAUAUGACACAUUUUUCUUCCCAAAACUGAUUAAAUGUGGCUAUGAAAGUGUCAAGAAAUGGACUAGAGUGGUAGAUGUAUUCAAACAUGACAUUUUGAUAAUUCCGGUUCACCUGGGAACGCACUGGUGUAUGGCAGCUGUGGAUUUCCGAAAGCAGACACUUGUGUAUUACGACAGUAUGGGAGGAGAGAAUGAGUCAUGUCUGAAGACCAUAUGGAGUUACUUGAAUGAAGAAUGUGCGCAGAGAUCAGUUGAGCCACUAAGUGAAGAAAUAUGGCAAAUCCGGUGUGCGAAGGAUAUCCCGAAACAAAGCAACAACAGUGACUGUGGUGUCUUCAUGUGCAAGUAUGCAGAAUGCAUUACACGUGAUGCUAAGUUGGAGUUCUCCCAGAACGACAUGCCAGAGAUACGAAUGGAAAUGAUGGAAGAAAUCCAAACAAUGACCCUGCUUCACCCCUGAAUGUGUAAUUGCUGACAGCUUUUGCACACAGAAAUCGAGGAAAAUUUACCAUUUGAGGCAUCAUUGUCUCACACACUUCAGUUAACAUGGAAGAACUAUAAAAAAGUGCAUGCUUAGAAAUAAGAUAAUGAUCUUUUUAUUGGUAUUUUCUUUCUUUCUUAUUAAAAAUUUACUUGUGUUUUAUGUCAGUGCGAGGAAAGACAUUUUUUAGUCCUGUAGAGGAAUACCAUUGCGUUAAAUGCUAGCAGCUUUUUUAAAGAUUGCACUGAAAGUUCCGAUGUAAAUGAAGAAAAAUGGAACUGCAAAAACUGAUGUAUCUAUAUGUACAUAAGCAUGGAAUUUAUUUUCAUAUGUUCCUAUAGGUCUACAACUUUGUAAAUUCAAUCAGAGGAGUAAGAUAUCAGUGUCAUUAUUGUUAAUGUUAUUAGUAUAUGUGUACAAGACUGUGAUGUAAUAAAUUAUAUACUAUAUUA